UUGGCUCCUCCCGAGAAGGAGAGGAUUGAAGCCAUGAACAAACCCUAUAACAUCAAGAGGUCCUGCUGGGUCAAAGAUGAAAAGGAGGGCUUCAUCGCUGGGGAGAUCCAGUCUGAACAGGGCGACCAGGUCACUGUGAAGACAGUCACCAACCAGACACUCACCUUGAAGAGGGAUGAUGUCCAGCAGACGAACCCACCCAAAUUCUACCAGGCCAGUGACAUGGCAGACAUGACCUUCUUGAAUGAGGCCAGCGUCCUGAACAAUCUACGCCAAAGCUAUGUCAACAUGAGGAUCUAUACCUAUUCGGGCUUGUUCUGCGCGACAGUCAACCCCUACAAGUGGCUGCCCAUCUAUGGGGCCCGCGUGGCCAACAUGUACAAGGGCAAGAAGCGCACAGAGAUGCCACCCCACCUCUUCUCCAUCUCUGACAAUGCCUACCAUGAUAUGCUCAUGGAGCGUGAAAAUCAGUCUAUGCUAAUCACUGGAGAAUCUGCUGCUGGCAAGACCAAGAACACGAAGAAGGUCAUUUGUUACUUUGCCAACAUUGGCGGAACUGGCAAGCAGUCCGCGGAUGGGAAGGGGUCCCUGGAGGAUCAAAUCAUCCAGGCAAACCCUGUGCUGGAGGCCUUCGGGAACGCCAAGACCACCAGAAACAACAAUUCCUCUCGCUUUGGCAAGUUCAUCCGAAUCCACUUUGGAACAACGGGCAAACUGGCUGGAGCUGACAUAGAGAGCUAUCUCUUAGAGAAAUCUUGGGUCAACUCCCAGCAAUCAGCGAAGAGAAGCUACCACAUUUUCUACCAGAUUCUCUCUAACAAGAAGCCUGAACUUAUUGAGACUCUGCUGCUGGCCACCAACCCCAAGGAGUACCACUGGGUGAGCCAAGGCGUCACGGCGGUGGAUAACAUGGACGACGGGGCAGAGCUGCAGAUCACAGACGAAGCAUUUGACAUGCUGGGCUUCACCCCUGAGGAGAAGAUUGGUGUCUACAAGCUGACUGGGGGGGUCAUGCACUUUGGGAACAUGAAAUUCAAGCAGAAGCCCCGAGAGGAGCAAGCUGAAGUGGACACCACGGAGGUGGCUGACAAAGUCGCCCAUCUCACGGGUCUCAAUUCCGGGGAGCUCCAGAAGGGCAUCGCCAGGCCCCAGGUCAAAGUAGGCAAUGAGUUUGUGCAAAAGGGCCAGAACAUGGAGCAGUGCAACAACUCCAUCGGGGCUCUGGGCAAGGCCGUCUAUGACAAGAUGUUCAAGUGGCUGGUGGUCAGGAUUAACAAGACCUUGGACACCAAGAUGCAGAGGCAGUUCUUCAUCAGGGUGCUGGACAUCGCUGGCUUUGAGAUCUUUGAGUUCAACAGCUUUGAGCAGCUGCGCAUCAACUUCACCAACGAGAAGCUGCAGCAGUUCUUCAACCACCACGUGUUCGUGCUGGAGCUGGAGGAGUACAAGAGGGAGGGCAUCGAGUGGGUCGUCAUUGACUUUGGCCUUGACCUGCAGGCCUGUAUUGACCUCCUGGAAAAGCCCAUGGGUAUCUUCUCCAUCUUGGAAGAGCAGUGUGUCUUCCCCAAAGCCACGGACGCCAAGUUCAAGGCAGCCCUGUACGACAACCACCUGGGCAAGUCCAACAACUUUCUCAAGCCCAAGGGGGGCAAGGGGAAGGGGCCCGAGGCCCACUUCGAGCUCGUCCACUAUGCAGGCACUGUGGGUUACAACAUCACGGGCUGGCUGGAGAAGAACAAAGACCCCCUGAAUUAAACCGUAGUGGGCUUGUUCCAGAAAUCGACUGUGGCGCUCCUGGCCCUUCUCUUCAAAGAAGAGGAGGCUCCGGGUAUGCCUGACCCCUUGUUGUCUGGGAGUAAGAAGCAGAAGAGAGGGUCUUCCUUCAUGAUAGUCUCCAACUUCUACAGGGAGCAGUUGAACAAGCUGAUGGCCACCCUCCACAGCAUCUCCCACUUUGUCCGCUGUAUUGUUCCCAACGAGUUCAAGCAAUCAGGCGUGGUGGAUGCUCACCUGAUCAUGCACCAGCUGGCUUGCAAUGGUGUCUUGGAGGGCAUCCGUAUCUGCAGGAAGGGCUUCCCCAACAGGCUGCAGUACCCAGAGUUGAAACAGAGGUACCAAGUGCUGAACCUCAGUGUGAUUCCCCAGGGCUUUGUGGACAACAAGAAGGCCUCAGAGCUACUGCUCAGUGCCAUUGACCUGGAUGUGAACGAAUACAAAAUUGGAUAUACCAAGGUGUUCUUCCAAGCUGGCAUUCUGGCCAAGCUUGAGGACAUGCGGGACGAGUGUCUGGCCAAGAUUAUGACAAUACUCCAGUGCCAGAGCCGGGGCUUCCUCAUGAGGGUCAAGUUCAAGAAGAUGCUGGAAAGAAGAAUUGGCCUGAAAGUCAUCCAGUGGAACGUGCGCAAGUUUCUGCAUCUUCGCUUCUGGGGCUGGUGGAAGCUCUACAGCAAGGUCAAGCCGCUCCUGAAUGUGGCACGACAAGAGGAGGAGAUGAAGGUCAAGGAGGAGGAGCUAAGGGAAGCGAUGUUCAAGGCACAGGAACUGAUGGGCAAAGUCAAGGAACCGGAGGAGAAAACAGCCACUCUUAGCCAGGAGAAGAAUGACCUCACCAUCCAGCUGCAGGCUGAACAAGGGAACCUGAUGGACGCCGAGGAGCGCCUGACCCAGACGAUGAAGACCAAGAUGGAGCUGGAGAGCCAGAUCUCUGACAUGCAAGAGCGGCUAGAGGAGGAGGAGGGUGUGUCGGCCUCACUGAGCGCCACCAAGUGCAAGCUGGAGGGGGAGCUGAGCGAACUGAAGCGCGACCUGGAGGCCCUGGAGACCACACUGGCAAAGAAAAGAGAAGGAGAAGCCCUGGACCUCAGGGUCUGCACCCUGACCGGUGACCUCUCGCUCCGAGAAGACUCCAUCACCAAGCUCCAGAAGGAGAAGCGGGCCCUGGAGGAGUUGUACCAGAAAAUCCUAGAUGACCUGCAAGCUGAAGAAGACAAGAUGAACCACCUGACCAAGAACAACAGCAAGCUCAGUGCUCAGAUCCACGAGCUAGAGGACAACUGGGAGCAAGAAAAGAAGAUCCGGGCAGAGGUGGAGAAGGCUCGCCGGAAAGCUGAGAGUGACUUGAAGAUGACCAUCGACAACCUCAGUGAGAUGGAGAGGUCCAAGCUGGAUCUGGAGGAGGUGGUGAAAAAGCGAGAUAUGGAAAUCAACUCUGUCAACUCUAAAUAUGAGGACGAGAAGUCUCUGAAUUCCACCCUGCAGCGGAAGCUAAAGGAGUACCAGGCCCGCAUCGAGGAGCUGGAGGAAGAACUGGAAGCCGAGAGGGCAAUGAGAGCCAAGGUGGAGAAACAACGCAGCGACUUGUCCUGGGACCUUACUGAAGACCUCAGUGACAGGCUGGAGGAGGCUGGUGGAGCCAUGUCUGCUCAGAUUGAGCAGAACCGUAAGCGGGAAGCAGAGCUGCUGAAGCUGCGGCGCGAGCUGGAGGAGGCAGCCCUGCAGAGUGAGGCCACGGCCUCCACGCUGCUCAGGAAACACACAGACUCCAUGACCGAGCUGACGGAGCAUGUAGAGAACCUGCAGAGGGUCAAGUCCAAGCUGGAGAAGGACAAGCAGGCCAUGAAGGCUGAGAUCGAUGACCAACACCUGGAGACCGUGCAGAAGUCCAAGAUGAACACGAAGGCCCACGUCCGGAAGCUGGAAGAUUACUUGUCGGAAGCCAACGCCAAGGUGGCCGAGCUGGAGAGAAACCAAGCAGAAAUCAACGCUAUCAGGACCCACCUCCAAGCUGAAAACAGUGAACUGAGCUGGGAAUAUGAAGAAUCCCAGAGCCGCCUCAACCAGGGCCUGCGGAUAAAGACAUCUCUGACAUCACCAGUGGAUGAUUACAAGAGGCAGCUGGAUGAAGAGACGAAGUCUCGAAACACUGCUGUGGUAAGUCUCGCCAACACCAAGCAUGACCUGGACCUGCUGAAGGAGCAGCUGGAGGAGGAGCAGGGCGGGAAGUCAGAGCUUCAGUGCCUCGUGUCCAAGCUCAACACGGAGGUGACCACCUGGAGGACCAAAUACAAGACUGACGCCAUCCAGAGGACUGAGGAGCUGGAGGAGACCAAGAGGAAGCUGGCUGCCAGGCUCCAGGAGGCAGAAGAGGCAACUGAAUCCGCCCAGGCCCAGGCCGCCUCCCUUGAGAAAAAUAAGCAAAGACUCCAGGCAGAAGUUGAGGACCUCACCAUCGACUUGGAGAAGGCCAACGCUGCAGCCGCUGCCCUGGACAAGAAGCAGCGGCUCUUUGACAAGAUGCUGGCCGAGUGGCAGCAGAAGUGCGAGGAGCUGCAGGUGGAGGUGGACAGCUCACAGGAGUGCCGCGUGUACAUGACAGAGAGCUUCAAGGUCAAGACCGCCUACGAGGAGUCCCUGGAGCACCUGGAGUCGGUCAAGAAGGAGAAUAAGACCCUGCAGGAGGAGAUAAAGGACCUGAUUGAUCAGCUGGACGAGGGAGGACAGAGUGUGCAUGAGUUGCAGAAGCUGAAGAAAAAGCUGGAGAUUGAGAAGGAGGAACUCCAAGUGGCUCUGGAGGAAGCGGAGUCUUCCCUGGAAGUUGAAGAGAGCAAGGUGAUUCGAAUUCAGCUGGAACUGGCUCAGGUGAAAGCUGACAUCGGCCAGAGAAUCCAUGAGAAAGAAGAGGAAUUUGAAGCUACAAGGAAGAACCACCAGCGAUCAAUCGAGUCCUUGCAGGCCAGCCUGGAGGCAGAAGCCAAGGGCCGGGCAGAGGCACUCCGGCUCAAGACGAAGAUGGAAACAGACCUGAACGAGAUGGAAAUCCAGCUGGACCACGCCAACACGACAACGGACCUGCAGGUCCAGAUGGAUGAGGACGCCCGGCAGCGCGAGGAGCUGCGGGAGCAGUAGAACCUGCAGGAGCGGCGCCUGAGCCUGCUGCAGACGGAGCUGGAGGAAGAGCACUUGUCCCUGGAGGGCAGCAAGCGCUCCCGCAAGCUGCUGGAGCAGGAGGUGGUGGAGAUCACUGAAAGGCACAAUGAGGUCAACGUCCAGAACCUAAGCCUCCUUGUGGUCAAGCGCAAGCUAGAGUCUGACAUCCAGCGCAUCUCCAACGAGCACGAGGAGCUCAUCAGUGAGUUCCGCUCAGUUGACGAGAGGGCUAAGAAAGCCACCACAGACGCUGCCCGCAUGGCGGAAGAACUCCAACAAGAGCAGGACCACUGCAUGCACCUGGAGGAAAUCAAGAAGAACUACGAGGCCAACAUCAAAGACUUGCAGGCCAAGAUGGAGGAGGCUGAGCAGCUGGCUCUGAAAGGAGGGAAGCGUACAAUCAUGAAGCUGGAGGCCAGGAUCCAGGAAUUAGAGACAGAGCUGGACGGCAAGCAGAAACAGCACCUGGAGACGGUCAAGACACUGCGCAAGAACGAGUGCCGCCUCAGGGAGCUGGUCUUCCAGACAGAGGAGGACCACGAGACCAACCAGCGCAUGCAGGAGCUGGUGGAGAAGCUGCAGAACAAGCUGAAGGUCUACAAGAGGCAGAUCGAAGAGGCGGAGGAACAGGCCAACCAGACCCUGGCUCGAUACAGGAAGACGGUGCACGAGCUGGAUGACGCUGAGGAGCGGGCCGGCAUGGCGGAGGCCCUGAACAAGCUGCGCACCAGACACCGCGUGGCUGGCCAAGGCAUCACCUCCGUGGAGAUCAUCCAGGUGUCCAAGCCAGGCUCCUCCAAAACCCUUUCUGAGGAGUGAGGCCCUCCGCCACAGCUGGUAAUACAGAUCUCUGAACAACAGCCCACUGAGAGGAAGAAAAUGGAAAACUGAAACUAUCCUAAGAAUGUUUACUAUGCAAAGGAAAGUGAAGACAGAAAGAGACAGAAACCCAAGAAGGAAGAUAGCUAUGAAGGAAGAUAGCUAGGUGGGAAGAUGAGCUUGGGGGUAUAACUCUCCAGUCAUUAAAAAAGAGGGCUUAAAAUUUACAUGGUCUCUGAGGUGGCAUCAACCUUGUACGCAUUUGGACGACAGUGGCAAUGGGCCUGUUUUAGCUGAGAUCCUACAUGUUCAUGUCAAGGACGGAAUAUGUAAUGUCUGUGUGACCUGGCUGUUCUCUAGAAAUAAUUCCUGGCGUGGACAAUUUUAACAUCUUGUCCGGUGGAACUAAAAUAAAAGUAACAUGAAAAAUAGACCUGACUGGAGAUUGCGUUUGUUUUUAACCAUAGGAUUUAAUUUUUCUGAGACUUUUAAAUGCAAAAGCAAUUUUUAUAAUGACAAUAUAUCAGAGUUUCUUUGUGUUCCUAGGUCCUAAUCUAUAGUGCAUGUUUCCACUAAAAACUAUGAAAACUGUGCAGUCUUGGUGAGGUUCUUUCCAGCUUCUGAAAGAGUCUGUAUUAGUUUCCUCAGGCUACCAAAACAAAAUACAGAAAUUUGUUUCACAGUUCUGGAGGCUAGGAGUCUGAAUUCAAGAUGUAGGCAGGGGCAUGUUCUCUCUGAAGGCUUUAGGGGAUGAUAUUCCUUGUCUCUCCUGGCUUCUGGUAGCCCCAAGCGUUCCUUGGUUUGUAGAUGUAUCAUCUGUAUGUCUGUCUCUUCUCCUUUGUAAGGACACCACUGAGAUGGGAGCAGAAUCCACCCUACUCCUAUAUGGCCUCAUGUUAACUUCACUGAUAACAUCUUCAAAGAUCCCAUUUCCAAAGACCAUCACAUUCACAGGUACCAGGGCUUAGGACUUCAACAUAUCUUUUUGGGAGACACCAUUCAAUCCAUAAUAGGGUCUAUGAGAGAAAGGAAGACAAUCUAGGCUUCCUAAAGCUAAGAAAGAAUUACAGAAUCAUAAACUCCUGGGUCAGAAGGGAUACUAAAACCCAUCCAGGCUAACGUUUCACAUGGCUCCACAUCUCUGCCUCAGUGUCUCCCAGGAUGUUCAGACACUGGCAUGUCACCGCUGUGAGGACAGACCGUUCUGAGGUUCUGUUCACUGCUGUAUCCUCAGCUCCUAGACAGAGCCAGGGAUGAA